CGAGAAAAGUUGUAGUGGGUGCACGAGGACAUGCAUUUGUUGACCGUAGUUCUCCUGAUUUUUUAUGAAAUCAAUGUCUAUUCAAAUUCCGGCUUUACUGUUCAAGCAAAUACAGUGGAUUAUAAUUACAAGAAAGAACCUAGUACUAUAGUGAAGAUUGGAAAAUGCUGCGAAUUGAACGAGUUGUUGCAGGACGACAAAUGUAUUCCUCUCAACGAAACAAACGAGACUCAGGUUUGGCGACCAGAGUCGAUUUACGAUGACAAUUACAGUUUUGGAAGAAACAAAGAAAAAAAAGAUAAACUACCAAGUUAUGAGUUAAAAAUUGGUUUGCCCCGUUGCCAAAGUGGAGAACAAGAGUGGCGCGUUUAUCACAGUCAGACUGGAUCUGAUCGAUUAUCUAUUUUGCCAUCUGGAAAGUUGAGACAUUAUGUCAUUAAGUCUGAUGAAGACGAAGUUAACAAAGGAAGAGAUUUUUAUCUGGAUGAGGAUGCUGAAUCGGAAGUUAUUCAUUAUGAUUAUCAAUUCGGACAUUAUUGUGCAGACAAAGCGAUUCUCAGCCGAGAUAAGAUCGUUACUGAAUACGCACUAGUAUGCGUACCAGAAGUGAGGACAAAGUGGACGGAAUCAGAUCACUUAAUUAAAAAUAUUUUGGAUCCUACAUUUCACGCAAUUGCUAUAGCUAGCUACCUUUUUGUGGCUGUCGUUUAUUUUGUUUUGCCACAAUUAAGAGAUCUAGUUGGAAACUCAAUUACUAGUAUGAGUUUGUGCCUCACUGCUAGCCAAUGUGCCUCAACUGUUCAAAUAUUUAAGCAGUUUGGGAAUCACGUCAACUUCUUAGUAGCUGAUAUUGUUUUGUACGUAUCCCUCUUGGGCGCAUUCUUUUGGCUCAAUGCUCUUGGAUACUACGUCUGGAAUACCUUCAGAUCAAGAAAUGUUUUUCUUCGAGUGACAGAUGGCCGAAAGUAUUGUUACUAUUCUACAUAUGUUUGGUGCUCAACUGUGUGCAUAGCGGCUACUGCUAUUUUUGCUCACUUCACAUUAGAGACAGAUAAUCCGAUAAUGGCUGGUACAAACAUUACGCCUCAAGCACGUUUUGGCUGGCUUGGGCUCUCAGUCAUUUUUACAACUAUUGCUUUUACCAUAGUUGUUGACUUAUGUUUUGCUUUAUCGACAGCAAAAACCAUUAAAAGAAUGAAUACAUACGGUAGAAUACACCAUAAAAUGAAAUACAGCUUUCGAAUGUUUGUUUUACUAUUUGCAAUAAUGAGUUCAUCAUGGAUAUCAUUAUUACUUUCUCAACUCAAGUAUGAUGCCUUAAUAUAUUGUCACGUAGCCAUUAAUUUAAUGCAAGCUAUUUUAAUUCUGUAUGUUUGCGUUUUCGGACAAAGAAGGGUAACAUUUCUUCUUGGGAAAACGUGCAACUGUUGCAGUACGACUGAAAAUGUAGAGAGCCUCGAUUGGGGUGAAGAAAUGACAGCAAUUAAUGCUGGCUACUAGCGUUGUGUAAUUAAUCUGUGAAAUGUACUUAAGUGCCUUAAAAGACUUUCGCCUUAACCUCUACGAAAAUACUUCGUGUAUAACUUGGAGAUGUACUGUGUACAUAAAAUAUUUUUAAUUCAAGGGACUCAAGAGCUGCGUUUGCAAUUUGGACUGAAGCAUUUGGCAUUAAAAUGCAAUAUGGCUAAAUGAGGAGGAGUAAGCGAACAAAACAUAAUAAAUCCAUUCGUGAUCUCAAAAAUACCAUAGAUAGGAGAAAAAUUCAAAUAGUUUUAUGCAAAGGAAACCAUCUAAAUGGCUAUAUAAUAUUAUCGAAUUAUUAGACCUAUUAGCUUAGAUUUAUGCAGUUUUGAUAGAAUAUUCAACACUUCAGUAUAAAAUACACCUAUUUUAAUUCAUAUAUUUUGAAUUUUACAGCAUUUUUAAAGCAAAAUCUUAAUGAGAUAGAAUUUUUUGUGAAUCAUGAGUCAAUGAUCAUGAUCCUGGAAAAUGCUAAAACUGCACUUAACUAAUUUUUUCCAAAAAAUGGAUUUAUCAUGUUUUGUUCGCUUACUCCUCAAAUGUAUAAGAAAGUGGUCGUUUUAAUCGAGGAAACAAAUCCCCGCUUUUUUCCAGUUUGCGACCAUUUUUCGCUAUCAUUGAAAUUAAAAUAUUCGAACUCUUAUUGGGAAUGGUGAUCUACAAUUUUGCCACCUGGUGCCGAAAACUGAAACUAGAAAGAGUAGGUACGAUUUAAAAGGUGUAUUCCCCUUUUUACAUAAAAAUGUUUUUAAGAUUGUUUUGUCUAGUUUUAAACAAUGAUUGAAAUAUCAAAAACAAAUCUCCAUAAAAAAAAACAAUUAGUUUUAGAUAGA